AUGCCAUCAGUUACUAUAUCAGUUAAUAAACUAGCUUCUGUCACGGAGGGGAGCGGCAAGCCUCUGACGGUGACGACAGAGCUCGGGAGCACCAUAAUAGAGAUACAGGGCGAUCUCCAGAUUCCGUCACAGCGGCCUCAAGAGGCUGGCACAGACCCCGAGCAUCGGUUCGUCGAACACGAAGGGCGCGAUAUUUUGCGCUUCGGCGAGGUGUCCUACGACAUGGAAACCAAAAAGGCAUGUAUGUACGUCGGGCGGAAGCAGCGAUUACUUGGAACAGUAGUGAAAUUAGACCCGCCCCUCGGUAUUCUGCGCUUUCGGGCCGAGACCUCGAGCGUGGAGCUGGAAGAUGUGAUACGAUACAAGCUAUUGUUCAAGGAUAGGCCACUACCGAUUAUCUAG